AGCGGAACCAAAGUAUUACUUCAUGUUUCUACCGGAUGACAAAACGGUCGUACGGCGGUCUUCUUCAAAACAUUAUGGCGUCGAGAAGAACAACAUCAGCUCCAAGCAGUAACAAAAAUGCUCCCAUUGAUCCAAAAAGUUCAAAAACGGGGAAUUCUGCUACUAAAGCCAACAACAGUGGGAACGCAAAGAAACAUGUUAAAUCAAGUGGGACAAUUGUCAAGUCUCGAUAUAUGCAGGCUGCUGAGAAGACAUCUCUUUCAAAGAGCAAUUCGCUGACAAAUGAGUCCAUUGCUGUGCCACCGAGACCUGCUUCACCUAAACCUGGUGGUGUCAAACCAAGGGUGGGCACUUCACCAAGACGCUCAGUGGCCCCACAGGCUCUAGCAACAACAAUUAUGUCACGUGAAUCUGAGCCAUCAUUGCUUGGGAAAAGUGUUCUUCAGUCCACAUUCGCAGAAGGGCCUUGUGUUCGACCAGAUUUUGAUAUGUCAGUUAUAAAAGAGAAAACCGUUAUUGAAGGUGUUGAACCGGAAAAAAAUCCAGAGAAUGACAAGAGACUCAUUGAGAUGCAAACUUUCCUACUUGCCUACCUCACAGCUAAGAUGGAGAGCAAUACCGCAAAGCUCAAGGUGGAGGCAGAGGCAAAACUCCUGCAGGAGAUGGAGGAAGUUGAGGCCCUGCAUAAGGAGGUCCAGGAAAAGAAGUGCCAGUACCUCCUGCUGGAGAAGGAGAGGCUUAUAAAUGAGCUGCUGGAUUUGCAGAUUGCUGCACUGACUCCUGUAGCAGAAGCUGCACAGCAGUUCACAAAUGACUACAACACGUUUGCCCGAGCUGUUGACACAACCCGGCAUGAGCUGCCUGUCAAGAAUUUUUACAUUGAUGGCGACAGAAAGGAAUUUCUAGAGAAAGCUGAAGCCUGCCUAAAGGAAAGUGAGAAGUUGCUGGUAGAGUGCACAGAUGGAGAUCAUAAGGAUAACAGCACUUCUCUGGAGUGCCUGAGGGACAUAAAAAUGACAUCAAAGGACAUCAGUCAGCAGCUGUCAGGUACAUGUUCGGAAUUGCUUGAGAUGUCAUCAUUGGUCUGCCGCCAUACAAUCCAGGUCCAGCUAGCUUCAGAGGAAGUACAGCUUGGUGCUGCAAAGACAAAGGAGCUCUACUGCUCAAACCAGUGAAGGAUAUCACGAAGCAUAACAUGCAUAGUACAUUCCUGUGGAUGUCUCUUAACACCAUUAUUUCUCUUGUUUAUAUUUACGCUACAGAUUUUGUGGGUAUUUUUUUGUAUAGUCCAUUGUCUGAUUUCUUUGUAGAACAAACAAUAAAAAUAUAAUUUCAAAGUAA